GAAGCUAUCACUAUCAAGCUGUGCAAGCCUCAUCUGCAACUUGCCAUCAUUGCAUCUCAGCUAGUGGCAAUCAACCAUAAGGAAAUGGUCUUUUGAACUAUCUUCAUCCUCAUAGUUCAGAUAGAAAUUUCUCUUCAUGGUAGCUGUGUCAAUCACAUAAAGAGACAAUGGCGGACACUCAAAAUCCCGCCACCACCACUACUCCAUCGGAGGCCGAGAAUGACGAUAGUGAUUAUCGACCAGAAACUGAAUCCGAAAUCGAUGAUAUGAAUGCGCAAGCAUAUCUUGAAGGAUUAGCUGCGUUAAGCCCUGAUUCCCAGGGGGAUGCUGAGGACAUGGACGAUGAUGAGGACGAAGAGGGAGAAGAGGGGGACGGGGAAGACGAUGACGACGAGGAACCGGACGAGCGUAAAGUCCCUUGAAAACAUCCCGUCUGUAUAAUGAUUGUCGUUUCUAAGAAUUACAUCUGCAGAUGCACACUACAUCGAGGUCGAAAUCGAAGAAGGAGGCCAGGAUGCGACCGAAACAGAGGUCGAACGCAGUGAGCUCUACCGCAUACCCUAUAUACUUCUGUUCCUCGUUCCAUUCAUUGAUAUCAUCAUGCUCAUACUUGGAAUGGCAGCGGCUCGGCAGCGAAGGCAGGUCAUGCGAAUUCUUGCACACUCACAAUUAGGACGUCUUUUUUUUCAUGCCGACCAAGGCGUGGAAGACGAUGAAGACGAUGAGGAUUUCAAUCCCAUAUUCAGGCGGAGAAGGAGAAGGCCUAAGCCUGACCCCAAUCGAUUUCCAAAAGUCCCUAGUGACGAAGGAACCCGGCUCAUGGAGUCUGGAACGUUUGGUACAAGUGAUAUACAGGAUUCUACUACAGACUUGAGAACAAGUUCUGGAAGCAGGAAAAGGCUCACAAGUAGAAUCUUUGAACGGGAACUCGCAACAGAGAGCUACAAUAGACAGAAAAUGAAUCAGAGGCUCAUGGCUCAGGUAUGCCUUUGGGGUAAUUACUUGACGUCCUUACUAAAUUCUAUGUAGGAUAUGAUACCAUCCACCACUGCGGAUAUGAUCAUUCACUACAAUCAGCCAGUCUAUUCGGGACAGUUCUCAGAUGACGGCAAUUUUUUCUAUUCUGUCAAUAAGGACUUUCGUGUUCGAAUGUACGAUACAUCAAACCCGUACCAGUGGAGAUACUACAAAACAGUGGAAUACAUUGGUGGCCAGUGGUAGGUGAUCGUUUUCUUGAUUCUUCUCAAAUCCGAGGACAGCUUUGGCUCUCCUUUCAAAACUUCAAAUUGCAAGUAGAUUACAUGUAAUACCAAUAUUGAACUCUCUAUAGGACACUCACCGAUGCAUCCUUGAGUCGAGAUAAUAAAUAUCUGGCAUACACUUCUAUCAGAAGUACCGUGUGUCUUGCGCCUACUGAUCCAAACGAUAAAGGUGAUCCCUAUAAUUUGGAUCUGUCAGACAGAGGAACGGGUCGAACAAACAACAAUUUCAUGUAUCGAUCAAGAUCAGGCUCCUUUGGAAUCUGGUCUAUUCGUUUCUCCGGAGAUGGCCGACAACUUGUAGCUGGUGCAACAGCUGGAUCCAUUGUUGUUUACGAUAUUGAAUCUCGCCGUACACUACACCGUAUAUUCGGCCACGAUGGAGAUGUGAACGCUGUUUGCUUUGCAGAUUCGUCAUCCCCUCACAUCUUGUAUUCCGGAUCUGACGAUACAACGUUGAAAGUCUGGGAUACUCGUAGUAUGGGUGACAGUAGAGCUGCUGGAGCCUUUGUUGGCCAUAUUGAGGGUCUAACAUAUAUCGACAGCAAAAUGGAUGGCCGUAAGUCCCACUUUGCUCUUUAUAUUCUGCCUAUUGUUGUACUAAAAACCCACAGGAUAUAUUCUAAGUAAUGGCAAGGAUCAAAGUAUGAAACUUUGGGAUUUACGAAUGGUCAUGUCUGAUAGUGACUUCAAUGACCUCCCACCUGUCAGGCAAGACUCCCGAUUCGACUACCGUAGGUUUUCUCUGAGUUGCUUGUUCCUUAUUCAUGGUGUACCAGAAUGGUUGGAAAUCUACCCCCUCUUAAUACUGUCCUCUUCUACUGAAUCUGCUUUGUAUUUCUAAAUCAUUGAUAUUAGGGGCAAUGCUAACCCGCGAUGUAUAGGUUGGGGCCCUUACGAUGAAGAUUCCUGGUAUGUCCAUCCAAAUGACAAUUCUCUCGUUACAUAUAGAGGCCACAAGGUCCUCCGAACCUUGAUAAGAUGUCAUUUUUCGCCACCUGGAAGCACAAACUCCAGAUAUGUAUAUUCUGGAAGUGCCGACGGAAAGGUGUAUAUUUGGAAUAUGGACGGUACGAUUGCUGGAAAGGUUGACGUAUAUGCUGCAACGGUAAAUUCUCGAGCAUAUCAUAGCGAAUUCGGCAUGGAUGGCUGGGGCGAUGAUGAUGAGUUCACCCAAAACAGUUGGAGAACAUGCGUUCGAGACGCAAGCUGGCACCCUAACGCUCCUAUUAUUGCAGGUAAGUUUAUUUGGAGCCGAAUUCUUAGAAUACUGCUAAUAGAACUCAGCGUCUGCUUUGAAUGGCUAUGGUUCAGCUACUGGAACAUGUACUGUUCAUUCCUGGAAUGAUGGCGCUGAAGAGGAUGAGGGAGAGCCUCGUAUGGGCUAUAGUGUCAACCAGAGAUUGGAGAUGGAGCCAUUUUAAAGAGGGUAGGACGUUACUAAAUCUUCUGUGGAUUUUUCUCGUCAUAGAUACUUCUCAAAAGGUUGAGUUGCAUUGAGAUAGGAUGCAUUGAGAUAAGAGUCGAUUUGAGCGAUGGGCGGUUCCUUUCUAGCGCGGAGUUUGAUCGUAUUCGGGAUUUGGAUUGUACAUAUGAUGACUUGAAUAUAACGAUCAAUCUUUGGAA